AUGCAAUCCUUCCGGAUAACAACGUCGCCCCUCGCUAUAAAAGAAAGCCAACAACCAGGAGCAAAGAGUUCCAGGAAAGCAUUUCCUCCUCCUCUAGAUCAUUGGAGUUGUCUUCUGGAUUCGAUUGGUGGAUCGAUCCUGGCUGCUUGGCUUGUUCCCGGUGGCAAUGAAUGGGGGAAAACAUUGGGGAAGAAGCAGACCAUCCCGGGGCCGCGAGGAUGGCCAGUGCUUGGAGUCUUGACGGAGAUGGGAGGCCAAGCCCACCAAAAGUUGCCCAAGCUCGCCGAGAGGUACCACGCCAAAGAGCUCAUGGCCUUCAGCCUGGGGAACACGAGGACGAUCAUCACCAGCAAGCCGGAAGUGGCACGAGAGCUGCUCAACAGCUCCGAGUUCGCGGACAGGCCUCUCAAGCAGUCGGCGCAGCAGCUCCUCUUUGGACGAGCAAUUGGCUUCGCUCCCUAUGGAGAUCACUGGCGUAACUUGCGAAGGAUUGCAUCCAACUAUCUGUUUUCUCCAUGCCAGAUUGCUGCUCACGAACCAUCUCGUCAGGCAGAGACAAGCAGGAGGUUCGAGGAUGGCUCUGAGGAUGCUGCUCGGCUCGCUGAGAUGGUGAGGGAAGGAUUCGAGCUUCUUGGUGCGUUCAACUGGGCCGAUCACUUGCCAGAAGGCAGUCGACCCGCAGAACAUCCUCCAGCGCAUAAAACUCAUAAAACAUGCCCUUAG